AAAAAGUAGAAAAUGUUAUUGUUUUAUUUUCGUUGUCGUUGUUAAGCGUAACGCAGUGCAAAAUCGGGACGAGAACGUUCACAAAAUUAUGCUAUUAAACGUUGUUUAGAAACCGUACAGUGCGUGAGAGUGAAAAUGAAUUUCUUUAUCCCAAAUGAAGUGAAACGCGAAGGGAUCUACCUUCAGCAUCAGCUUGGCCCGCCGCUAAUCCAUCAGCAGCAUCACCAACUGCCGCAGCAGUCCCAGCAUCAGCUGCUCGGCUUUCCGCAUCCCGGCAUGAUCGUUAAUUUGAAAAAGGAAGAAUUUGAUCCGCUGGAGGGCCAGACGCAUAAUCAACAGCACGUACUGCAGUUACAGCAACAGGCCCAGAUGGUAGGACUGCAACAACAUCUCUCUGCCCAGAUGCAGUCCCAGCUUGCACAGCAACAUCAGCAGCAACAGCAACAAUCGCAACAGCAACAGCAGCAGCAGCAACAGCCACAGCAGCAGCAGGCACCACCAGCACCACCAUCAUCGCAAACCCAACAAGCGCAGCAGCAACAACAAACACCUCAGGCACAAUCCUCUACGGUUACUACCGCCUCGACGACAACGACGACAACAACCACUACCACCGGUACGGGUAAAAAGAAAAAGAAAGGCAAAGCGAACCGGAACAUUGUCAUCCCGCAGCUACCGGAAGGGUUCAUCGUAAAGGUGAAGGAAGAGUACACGGAGAACUACGUGCGCACCGUGACGAAAAUCCCCGAAGUAUGGUGGAACCAGGAACAGUUCAUCCGUACGGUUAAAUCGCCGGGUAAGAAGGAGCGCAAAUAUCACGAUUACAACGCGGUCAGCGAACACCAGUGCGAUGUGUGCGGGAAGUAUUUCAAGGAUAAGUACAAGCUGAACUACCAUGUGCGCAUCCACGUGCCAGAACUGUCGCACCGGUGCGACGUUUGCGGCAAGGUGUUUGCACAUCAGUCAACGCUGCAUAACCACAAGCGCAUCCACACAGGUGAGCGUGCGUUCAAAUGUUUAACAUGCGGCAAGGCGUUCGUACAAUCGUCGGCCCUGUCAAACCACACGAAAAUACACACCGGCGAACGGCCGCACGAGUGCCUGAUCUGUGGCAUUAGCUUCAUCCAGAAGAUCAACCUUAUCUACCACAUCCGCAUACACAACGGCGAGCGUCCGUACCGGUGCAACAUCUGCCAGAAGUCGUUCAUCCAGCAGAGCCAUAUAAAGAACCACAUGAAGGUGCACAAGAAGGACAAUCCGCUCGAUUGCAGCAUGUGCGGCAAGAACUACAGCGAUCUCAACGAGCUGACCGAACACUACUCGUCGCAUCAUACGGCCGAGCUGACCUACCGGUGCCAGGCGUGUGGCAAAUCGUUUGCCCAGGCGAACCAUUUGAAAAUUCACAAGAAGAAUUUCUGCAACAGCAAAUCGAACUAAAGCGUAUCCUUUGCUUCCAACCUGAUGUCUGUUUUGUUUUCUUCGUUCCUCACAAUUUCUGUUCCUUUUCUCAACUUCUCCACUAUUCUGUUUCUCUACGUUUACGUUUGUCGCAUUUUUGUGUGGUGUUCACACACUAAAGAAGUCACCCAUUCUUCCCUAAGUAGACAAGAUUUUGCAGUCAAAAUAGCGUUUCCGUGUCUGCAGUUAGAUAAACGGAUCGAACUAGUUCGAAUAGAAUGAAGAGUGGGAGUGAGAAAAAGCACGUGGAUGUUAAUAGGCGCAAUGUGGAAUGUUAUUUCGUCUUCUGCUUUACAAUUUACAUGAUACGUCGUUUAUGUUUUAGUUACUAGCACAAAGUUCAAAGUAUCGUUACAAACGCAAAACAGAAGCGAGAUAAACCAAUAGAUGCCAGAGCGAUGUUAUCAUCGAAACAAUUUCAAUCCCGCUACAGACGGAGGAACACCCCGGAUCUAAGGCGAUAUAUAGCAAUUUCUGUUCCGAUUACUUCCGUCUCCAUCCCUGCCUCUGCAUAAACGCAAGAAAAAUGUACAUUUAUUGUAACCCCGUACGUUGUAACUGCUGCCACUACUUCCCACACUUCAUAUAAUCCCAUUCCCCUUCCUCUUUCCCCCCAGUGUGCUCGUCGUAAUCAUCAACUUGUAAUUUCAAAAUUAAUGCUUCAAAAUUGAUCGAUAAUUAACAAGCAAAACAUAGCUGCGCGCGUGUCCGUUCCACUUUAUCAUCCCAACAAGAAAAAAAAAACAAACACUUCCGCUGAUGAAAUUCGUCCCAGCGGAAAUGUUUAACAAAAAAGAAUAAACUAUCUGAUACACAUCCUACAGUAGAGGUAGAGCGUCCCUUUUUCUGGAAAGCCGUUAGUAGUGGAACAGGCAGCGCCAUUUCACGAUCGAAUGGCAAAUAUAUAUAGAUUAAUUAACAUGGACCGGCAAGGUAAAAAACAAUCGGAACGGCACAGCAGCACAGUAGUGGCGGUGCAGCAAUUAAGCGCAUUCAGAAUGGUAAUAUUGAUUAAUAAAAUCAAAAACAAUUGUAGAGAGCUG